CCACCACCUCCUCGCACCUGCCCGAAUCGUCUUGUGCUCAGAGCUGCACCGCCGCCGCGCCGUACGCCCGCACCAAAGACUCGCUCGAGCGCGCUCAUCCCGGCACCAGGCGCGCCGCGCGUGCACGUGGCACAUCUCGGCCCUCCAAGGCCCCGCUUUCCUCUGGGCGCACCGCUCUCUCUCUCUCCCACACCCACUCGCACCCCACACACCGCCGCCACGAUGGUGCGCAGCGUCACCUUCGAGAUCCACUGGCACAACAUGGAGCCCAUCUACGCCUGCUCCUUCCAGCCCGUGUCGCACUCGCAGCUGCGCCGCGUGCUCGACCACAAUGCCGCACAGGCUGCCGGACUGCCGCUGGGAAAGACAUUGGCAGACGCUGCAGGCGGCGCAGACGGCGCGGCAGGCGCCAGCAGCGCCUCGUCGUCGAAGCACGCGCUGCCCAUCAUGGCCGGUGGCCAGAGCUGGAAGGUCGCCACGGCGGGCGCAGACAAGAACGCAAGAAUCUGGCAGAUCCACCCCAACAUCCCAUCUCCUGCGGCAUUGGCCGCAGCAGCCUCGACGGGCGGAGGCAGUGCACUGCCCGCGCCGCACCCGCCGCGCGUGGAGUACCUCGCGACGCUCAAGCGGCACUCUGGCACGGUCAACUGCGUGCGCUACUGCCCGCGCGGCGAGCUGCUGGCGACGACUGGCGACGAUGGCAUGGUGUUGCUCUGGGUACCUGCCGAAGGACCGCCGACGGGCUUUGGCUCGAGCGGCUCACUGGAGGUUGACGGCGAUGCGGAGUUCGCCAAGGAGCACUGGCGAGUGCGCACAAUGGCGCGGACCAGUAUGAGCGAGAUCUACGACAUGAGCUGGGCGCCCGACGGCGAGACGCUGCUCGUCGGCGGCACCGACUCCGUGGCUCGCAUCAUCAAUGCGCACGACGGCUCCGUCAUCCGCGAGAUCGCCGAGCACAGUCACUACGUGCAGGGCGUCGCCUGGGACCCACUCAACGAGUACAUCGCGACGCAGUCAUCCGACCGCUCGGUGCACGUCCACGCGCUGCAGCUGCGCAACGCGCUCGAAGCGCUGGGCUCCUCCAGCACUGGCAUCAGCGGCGUGCAGACUAUCAGCAGGCACAGCCGCAUGGAUCUGCACCGCCGCAGCGGCAGUGCCAGCGGCCAGACCGGCUUCCUCUGGGACCCCAGCGCCAAGCCGCCGAUGCGCCGCGCCAGCAGCCACGCCAGCCACGCGAGCGACACGGAGGACCGCCGAGCGGGCAGCGAGGCUACAAGCUCAGCACCUACGGGCUCGAAUGGUGGCCCAAGCAUGCCGCGAGGCCUGGAGCGCACGCGCAGUGGGCGCAGCGCUACGCCGCACGAGCCUGUCGCAGCCUACCUGCCGCCUGGCUCAGGCGUCCAGUCAUCAAGCAGCGCAACUGCGACGCCAUCCGCCCUCGGCCGCGCCGUGACGCCGACUCCGGUGUACCCGCAGAGCCCGGCCAUGUCGAGCGCAAGUGCGCACCCAAUGAACCCGCCUCUGCACACGCCGUCGCGACGAUCGAGCUUCAGCGGCUCGCAGGCGGACGUGCUGUCGCCGAUCACGAGCACGACUUCACUGGCGCCCGCUCCGGGCUCGGUCGUUGACCCGUCGGAGAAGUACAUCGAUGGGCCGGCCUCUGCCACCCGUGCAGCAUCUGCGGCGAUCAGACGCAGCGUCUCGCGCACACGAGGCACAGCUGCUACGCGCAGCCCUUCGCCGGUCACGCCACUGCCGGCCAUCCGUGCACCGCCCUCACCCAAGCAGCGCAUGGCCUCGGCGGCUGCGGCGGCCGGCAUAGACCAGAGCACGCUUGCACGAGCCGGCAUGCGUCUCUACGGCGACGAGAACUUCAGCGGCUUCUUCCGGCGGCUGGCCUUCUCUCCGGACGGCGCGCUGCUGGUGACGCCGAGCGGCAUCUUCGACGCGGCUACGAUGCCGGCCAGCCCUACGACUGGCGUUGCAGCUGCGACGCGACGUGGCUCGGAGAGCGCAGACGUGCGCAGCAGCCCAGCCAUGCGCAGCGACAGUCCUGCCGCGCACCCUGGCGCCUCGUCAUCUGCGGCCAUGGCUGCCACGACCGCUGCUGCGGCCACAUCGUCGGGCGUGCGCAGCACCGUCUACAUCUACGGCCGCGGCAACCUGCACCGCAGCAACGCGCCGCUGGCGCAUCUCUCCGGCCACAAGACUGCGAGCCUGGUCGUGCGCUUCUCGCCCAUCCUGUACGAGCUGCGCGAGGGACGCUUCGGCUCGGGCGACGACGGCGGCGGCAUGGCGCCUCACCCGACUGUGCCGCUCGAGGUCGGCAAGCAGAAGACCGUGGCGCUUGAGAGCGCCGCAAGCCGCGCUGGCGGCGUCGCGAGCAGCAGCCGCAUGGGCGACGGGGCCGCCGCUGCGGAUGCAUCGUCCGCGUCCGCACCGCCGCCGCACGGCGUCAGCAUGAUCGGCCUGCCGUACCGCAUGGUCUUCGCCGUCGCGACGCAGGACAGCGUCUGGAUCUACGACACGCAGCAGGGCGGCCCGCUGUGCUGCUUCUCGAACAUGCACUACGCGAGCUUCACCGACCUGUCUUGGUCGCCGGACGGCCAGACGCUCAUGAUGUGCUCCAGCGACGGCUACUGCUCCGUCUGCGUCUUCGACUACGGCGAGCUCGGCGUGCCGCUGCCCUUCGCACAGCAGCCCAGCCUGCAGAGCACGCACGCACCGCAGUCCGCGCCCAUGAAGCGGCCCGCCUCGUCGGCGACGUCUCCAAACCUUCCGCACGUAGCUGCCGCGGCCGCGCCGGCCGCAGCCGAUGCGGCUGAUGCGGCGGCGCACGCAUCGAGCGUGGCGAGUGCGCUGGGUCUCGGCCUCGACACGAAGAACGCUCAGCCACCGACGCCGACGUCGUCGGACACUGGCUCUGCGCCGAUGUCGGCGCCAGCCUCGAGCGCGACCGAGGACGGCCAGCCGAAGAAGAAGCGCCGCGUGGCGUUGACGCUCGAGGGCCCGCUCGGCAGUUGAGAGCUUGCGAGAGGAGCUAUCUCUGCUCUUGCUCACUCACGCCUCGUGCGUCUCGCGCUAUGCUCGUGGCAUGGCGUGCUCCUCAUUCCUCAUUGCUCCCUCGUCCGUCUACGCUUUCAUCACCUCUCUCUCUCUUCUCUUCCCUGCAUCAGCGUCUCGUCCUCUUCCCGGUCCCACCCUUCAUCGCACACGUCCCGUCACGCCCCGUAGUCAAUCGCAUACAUAGUCAUC